AUGCAUCUCGACGAAACGACAGACAAUUCCGGCGCACGACCUUCCCUAGAUACGGGCGAGGAUGUUCCCGCAACUCAUCGCGGGCCUUCAAAGCGGCAGGUUUCCCAUCGCCGCGGACAUUUCAAAUCGCGUCUGGGCUGCCACAGCUGUAAACGUCGUCGCGUGAAAUGCGACGAGGUGCAUCCUGUCUGCAACGGAUGUCGCCGUCUGGAUUUGCGAUGCGAGUAUCCAUCUACUGUCGCAGGGAUAAGCUGUGCCACAAGGGCAUUGUCAAUGGCAUCCUCACCAGCCAUCCAGGCGCCCUUGGCGAGCCUCACACUCCAAGAUCUGAGGUUCUACCACCAGUUUCUGACCGUUGCCCGUCCCACGAUUCCUCUCAAAUCAGAAGGCCUCUGGAUGCAGUGCGCGGCCAUGUCGCAUGAGUAUGACUUUCUUGCGCAUGCUGUGCUCGGCCUCGGAGCCGCCCAUAUCACCCAGAGCACGCCGGGACUGGAUUACACAACAGAGGCUCUCCAGCAUCGCGUCACUACCAUGCAGCUAGUUAAUGAACGCCUCAGUCUACCCUCGCAUUCGUCGCAGGAGGCAGAUGCUCUUCUGGCGGCUGUUCUUUGUUUGGUGUCGCAAUCAAGCCUCCUGCCUGGCCUCGACAGUAUGGCCGAUUAUCUCACUAUGUCGCGAGGCGGGAGCCUUAUUGCCAAUUCAGUUAUCAAAGAAAUAACCACUUCCCUUUUCAGUGCCCAUCAAGAGGAGCAUUAUGAAAUACUGAGCUUGAUGGUCCAAGAACAACCAAGGGACCAAAGUAUCAUUGACGGUUUCAGGGCUUCUGCUCUCGCACUGCCGCCACUGGCUGCAAAUGAGAAUGAAAGAAAUUAUGCCGACGCUCUUAUUCGCUGCAUCGAUGCGGUGGAAAUAUCUGGCAUUGAAGGCGAGUUGUUCCGGAAACUGCCCUGGAAACGCUUUCUUGACGUUUUCAUGAUGGCGAUAUCGUUCUCACACGAAGACUUUUCCGCCUUUGUCAGUCCCGACAACCACGCAGCCAGGCUACUAAUAAUCCACACAUUCUUGGUCGAAUACGUGCUCGGACAGGUUUGCAUUGCACCGACCGAGGCUCCCAGCACCCCGGGGCGCAAAAAUGUCAUCAUCGCAUGGACUCGACAGGUCGCCGCCACGUUGCCGACAGACUUGAAGCAUUACGCGGAGUGGCCACUGGAAUUCGCCGACCUGCUAGAAACACUGGACUCUCGUUACUUGUGGAGUCCAUGA